UAAUGGUCACUGGUCAGUAGUUCAGUACUGUGAUGAUGUUGAAUGUGUUUUUAAAUCAGUACAUUCUUAUCUUUUACCUGUAAAUUUCUUAAAAAAACAUUUGUUAUUUCCAAGAACCACAAUAGUGUUAGUUUUUAUUGACUUAUUUAUCGUCGUCGAAUCAGAUAUCGAAUAAUGGAUACCCUGAAAUUUUAUUUCGUGACCUGGAAUGUCGCAACUAAAUCUCCAGGUCAAGACCUUAACUCAUUACUGGAUUUUCCAUCUCAGUUUAAUAAAAACAAAUCUUUACCAGAUUUUUAUGUUAUUGGAUUACAAGAAGUAAAAUCUCAACCACAGAACAUGCUAAUGGACAGUUUGUUCACUGACCAAUGGACAUCAAUGUUCAAUAAAAUCCUGUGUAGGCAGGGAUUUAUAGUUGCUAAAAACAUCAGAUUACAAGGCAUCAUGCUGCUCGUGUACACUCAAAUGAAACAUGUGAUCAACCUCAGAGACAUAGAAGCACAAUACACUAAAACAGGACUGGGUGGCUUAUGGGGCAACAAAGGAGCUGUGAGCGUCAGGUUCAAUAUUUACGGAUGUUCGGUGUGCCUUGUGAAUUGUCACUUGACCGCCCACGAACAUUUGCUCGCAGACCGCAUUAACGAUUACAACACUAUCAUCAAGGAACACGGCUAUCAUCUCACCGAGACUUCAAAUAUUCUAUAUCACGACUACGUGUUUUGGAUCGGUGACUUGAAUUUCCGUACUCACCAUCCAGUGACCAGCAGUCUAUCAGCAGAAGAAAUCGUAGAUGCAUUACAGACGGUGGAAAAAGACAAGUAUACUUCGAUUUUGAAGUACGAUCAGUUGCUAGCGGUGAUAGACAGCGGGGAAGCAUUCUCGGAAUUUAUGGAACCCGAGAUAAGGUUUCCGCCUACCUACAAAUUUCACAUGGGCACUGAUGAUUAUGACCUAAAACGCAAACCAUCAUGGACAGAUAGAAUAUUAUACAAAGUGAUUGCUAACAAUUACGAGAACAUCACGCUUAGAGCCGACCUGAUAUCUUACCACCACAUACCUCACUACACGGUCAGUGACCACAAGCCGGUGGUUGCGCAGUUUAACAUUAAGAUACGCCCCUCUUGCUAUGUAGCUGUGCCGAAGGUCAAGAAAGCACAGAUUCGCAUGCGAUCAGCUGUAAUAGACACUGAAGGUAUUGCUCCAGCUUCCGCGAUGGUUGAACCAAUAGCUGAAGCCUGUGCUACAGAAGAAAAUGUUGUGUCAGUUUCAAAUGAAUCUGAAGCUGAGGCUUUUUCCAACUUCACAGUAAAGACGGUGGAGUUCGCUCCAAUCGUUCGUAUUUGGUACAUCGGUGAUGCAGAUUUUAGGACAGAGUGCACGCUGUCCCCCGACGUUGAGAUCAAUCCCAAUGAUUGGAUUGGGAUAUAUGAUGCUAACUUCCACAAUCUCGACGACUACAUAGCGUACGAGUACCUGGCUAAAGUGAACCUCACGCAAGAAUCGUUGGAGUCCGGUCAGCCUCGGACGAUAACGCUCAGCUUUCCCGUUGGGAGCGGAGUGAGGACGCCUGGCUUCUAUAGGUUUAUAUACUUCAGCCAACCGAACAACGACGUUAGGAGUGUUCUGGGUAUUUCUGAACCAUUCGAGGUAAGCAGCAAAGAGGACAGCUUAGUGGCGAUCGAUCCGUGUGUCGAGGCUUCGACUAGUGCGGGCGGGGCGUCCAAACCUUCCACCGCCACGACUGAUAUAUUCACGGAUUUCACGGGACUCGAUGUCGCGAAGCUGUCCCGUCACUUCUCAAACGAUCUUAGUUUCGACUGACUAAAAGGUUACUUGCCUGGUUCGCCGGCAACGAGACGAAGAGAUGCUCCUUAAUUUUUUAUAUUAUCUUGUCAUCUCUUCGUAAAAUGUCACGUCAUGACAUGCACAGUCCUAAAUGUUGUAAAGCUAUUUGCCCUAUAAAAGAAAAUCAGCUUAUUUUCAGUGAAAUAUAGAUUAUGAUAUAAAGUGCAUAUCAUGAAUAAUUAAAUGGCGAAUGUACUUUCAAUUUUUAAGACGUUGAUAAUUAUCAAAAAUAUGUGAAAUGAAAGUGAUGAAAUUAAUUUUGGUGGUUAAAAUGUCACUAAAGUUUAAGGCAAGUGUACUUCAAUUGCAGAUUUUCGCCUAUAAAUUAUUAUGGUACAUUUACUUAGUGAUGUAUCAUAAUUUCUUCAUAACGUAAAUUUCACUUAGAGAGAACAUAUUGUAAUAGUCACAAGUAGUCACAAAAUAAAAUUAAAACGUUAGUUUAGUUUUGUAAUAUUUAAUUAAUCAUUACAAUUAAAAUAGUUUUGAGAACAUUUAAGCCGUACAAUUUUAUUGAAUGACAUAUUUAAAGAGCUUUGUGAAAUGUAUUCAUAAUCACGUCGCAAACCGACUGACAAAGACUUUAAAAUUACAAGGUCAAAUUGUUCAUGACACUUUUUGAUGUAAUUUACCAUUCCAAAACCAAUAUUUGUAUGUUAUUUAAAAUGAACCUUAUGCCUUUAAUAUACGGUAUAUUUUUAAUAUGAACUUGGCUAGGUGUAUUUAAAAUAUAUAGAGCUUCAUUGUUCGAGCAACACCCCAUGGCUUUAGACAAUAAAUAUUGUAUUGCUUGUUGUAAUAUAGUUAAUAAUAAAGUAUAUUUUGUGAUUCCAUUAGUACAAUUUGUAUAACAAUGUAAACUAGAUAUAGAUUUGUAGAUAAUAUAUUAUAGAUAAUUGUUGUGUAAAAAUUAUGCCAUUAUAUCUCGUUCAAUAUGUAGUUAUCUUAAGGGUAAUUAAAUUAAUGCCACAUGCAUCACAUACUUAUAGUACUUCGGAAUAAAUAUUGUGCAUCGGUUAACAUCGUAUUUACGAAGACGAAUGAUCACAUCGAGGCGAUAUAUAAUAUAGAGUUGUUCGUACAUAACGAUUAAUUUGGUUUACUUUGGCAAACUAUACACGACGAGGGGUUAAAUCUACUCUGUAUGAUUCCAUUAAACCAAAAUCCUAGUCGUAAUUGAUUGA